UUCUGCUCAUUCUCCAGAAAUCAAGAGCAGAGAUGGGUAACACAUCCUCAAUCCCCAAUGGUCGUCCUCUGAAGAUUGUGAUGAUUGGGAAAACUGGUGUUGGGAAGAGUGCCGUUGGUAACACCAUCUUGGGCAAAAAUCAAGAAGUUUUUAAGUCUGCUGUGAGUGCAGAGUCGGUGACGGAGACCUGUGAGAUAGAAAGAGUUGAAUGUUCCAGAAAGAUCCAUGUGGUCGACACUCCUGGAAUUCUGGAUACGUCUAAAAGUGCAGAACACAUAAAGAAAGAGAUCAUAAAAUGCAUCCAGAUGUGCUCUCCAGGCCCUCACGUUUUCCUGCUGGUCCUUCAGAUCGGCAGGUUCACCAAAGAAGAAGAAAACUGUGUUCAGGCCCUGAAGAAGCUGUUCGGACCGAAGUCAUCGAACUACAUGAUCGUCUUGUUCACUCAUGGUGACAAGCUGAGUCAGCAGGGCACAACCAUACAUGAAUAUCUGCAAACCAGCCAUAAGAAACUCACAGAGCUGCUGAACAGGUGCAGCAACAGGUAUCACGUCUUCAACAACAUGAACAAGAACAGAACUCAAGUGGUGGAGCUGAUCCAGAAGAUUGAUGACAUGGUGGCAGCAAACGGAGGAUCGUACUACAGCGACGAAAUGUUUGAAGAGGCCCAGAAGAUUCUGCAGCAGAGUGAAGACGGAAAUGACCCAAAGCCACUGACUGACAACCCAGCCUUCAUGGCUGAGCUGGUGGAAAAAAUACGCCAGUUUCAAGCCACACUGGUUGCUGUCUCAUUGGACGAAGACAAACAGGAUCCAUGAUCCUUCCUUUAACUCCAUGAUGUGGCUUUAGUCUGAUGUAAUUCUUUAGUAAAGUCACAGUGGGUUCAGACACAAACAUCAUGAUCACUUGUCAAUCAAUAAGAUGUGUGUUAUGAAAAAUAUUAAAUCAUUCAUGCCGCACAUAGUCUAUACACAUAACAAUUUUGAGAGUAAAAGCGUUAAAGAUUCUAUUAUUGUAAUUGUUGUUUUUUUUUUUUUUUACUUUUGGUGUCAAUGCUUAAUAGCAGACGACAUAAUCAUAGAGUGAAUAACAGGGUGUGGGUGGAUGCCACCCUGAAUCUUGAUCUUCAAGCUUAUUUUUAAAAUUAAGCACAACCAAAAUUUUUCUCCUUUAAUAAAGCUGAAUCAUGUUUGGUGA